AUGGCCAAAAUCGGGCGGAUCUAUCUCGAUGAUGAAAUGGGUUGCCAAAUGGUCAUUGAAUGGGGGAUAAAGUCUUCUAUUCUUUUCCCUCCAAAAACGUUUUUAUACUCCAAGCAGAUGUCAUUGGGUAUGAACGCAUCACUGAAAUUUUUAUUUCUACUACGAAAAAAACUCAAAGCGGCGGAAGCAAUCCAGAAUCUUUGA